UAUAUGUACAUAUUAAUUAUAAUAUUUGAAAUUUUGCAGUGCAUUUAGUUAACAAAUUUGUUCGAUAAGUGUGUGUAUGAUUAUGUGAAAAGUUUUGCGUUUGUUACCACGUAAUAUUGUAGAAUAAUAAACUAUAAAUUAUAGUAACAAUGCUGUUCAGCAGAAGCACAUGCAUGUUGCGGCAACAUUUGCAACACAAAUUUCUGGGUAUUGUUGGAUUCUAUGUUCCAGAAUGUAACAGUUACAGAGAAAAUACUUACAGAUAUGAACAGACUCGUAAUUAUAAAAACUUUGGUCAUACAAGAAGAAAGACCCGAUUUUAUACUAUUGUUCCUAGUUUAAUUUGUACUAUUGUAAUGAUGGCACAGUUUUUUGACUGGCAAAAGUACUUUGGUUUGAUACCUAAGGUAGAUGCUGCUAGUAUGAUAGAAGAUGAUCAGAAUAAUGAAAAUAUAGAGAGCACAGAACAGGAGUUACAAAAGAAAAAGAAAAACAAGAAACAGAAGAUUGGAUUUCGAGACAGAAAGAUAAUAGAAUACGAGAACAGGAUAAGAGCAUAUUCAACUCCAGACAAAAUCUUUCGUUACUUCGCAACUGUGGAAAUAAAUAGUUUACAGGGUACCGAGAUCUUUAUGACACCUGAUGAUUUUCUACGAUCUAUCACACCAGGCAUGCAACAGCCAAAUGGUCUUGGACUAGAUCAGUAUAAACGUUAUGAUCCAAAGAAUAUUCAUACAAAAUUAGAAUUGGAAUUGGAUGAAGACAGUAUUUUUUACAAGCUCGGCAGUGCAGGCCUCAUUACUUUUUCGGAUUAUAUCUUUUUAUUGACUGUAUUGUCAACUUCUAGACGUCACUUCGAAAUCGCCUUCAGGAUGUUUGAUUUCAAUGGAGAUGGUGACGUCGAUUCCGAGGAGUUUGGCAAAGUAGCUACGCUGAUACGUCAACAGACUAGCAUAGGCACUCGACAUCGUGAUCAUGCAACCACAGGAAACACAUUUAAGGGAGUAAAUUCCGCGCUUACGACAUACUUUUUCGGACCACAAAUGAAUCAAAAGUUAACAAUUGAAAAGUUCUUGGAUUUUCAACAACAACUGCAACGAGAGAUCUUGAGUCUCGAAUUCGAACGACGAAAUCCGGAUGAGCAUGGCAACAUCACUGAGGUAGAUUUUACGGAAUUAUUGUUGGCUUAUGCAGGAUAUCCAGCAAAGAAAAAAGCGAAGAUGUUGAAAAGAGUUAAGAAAGCCUUCAAGGAAGACCCGAAAGGAAUUAGCAAAGAAGAAUAUCUUAAGUUUUUCCAUUUUUUGAAUAAUAUCAACGAUGUUGAUACAGCUUUAACAUUCUAUCAUAUAGCUGGAGCAUCUAUUGAUCAAGCAACAUUGAAACAUGUAGCAAAAACGGUUGCUCACGUUGAUUUGAGUGAUCACAUUAUUCAAGUAGUGUAUACAAUUUUCGACGAGAAUAUGGAUGGACAGCUUAGUAAUCGAGAGUUCGUCGCUGUCAUGAAGAACCGGGUUCUUCGCGGUCUGGAGAAGCCUAAGGAUACAGGAUUCGUCAAGUUGAUUCAAUCUUUAAUGAAAUGUGCUAAAAACAGCGAUCUCUUGUCAUUCGAUAAAUAAUUGGAAGCGUUCAUAGAAUUACCCAAGAUCUUUGUUAAGCGUUCUUGUUUUAUUCGUUGUAACGUAUUAUUAUUAUAACAUUAUAACGUAUUAUACUUGUAAACCUAACAUAUUACUUGUAUAAAAUGUUAUCUAA